UUGCUUUUAUCAAGGGGCACGAAUUCUAGUCUCUCCCCUGACUGCUUUGUUUCCAGCACUUUACUCCAUCCGAAAGUAAUAAGAAGUCGAAAUCCAAAUCAAGAGAAGGAACAAGAAAACCCGCAGAAUACGAGAAAGUCGAUCAGAGAAAUAGCUAAGGGAUCAGUAGAAGAUCCUACUAUAGAAGAAGAAGAAAGCCUCAGCGUAGAGGACGAAUCGAAUUCAUUCUCAAAUAGAGAGACAUCUAGUAUGCCCAAUGGCAUCAAAGAUGCUGCACCAAAAGAGCAGGCGAAAGCAGUAGUGAAGAAUAACGAGAAGGGAAAACCUGCCCCACCGAUCACACCACCCACAAAAGCACAACAACAAAAUGGAAUAACGCAAACAUCUACACAACCUCAGCCUGGUCUAAAUACAAUAAUGGGCGAACUAUCAGCUAAAACAGCAGCUCCAGGACCAGCUCUUGAUAAACAUCACCCACUACAGAUUACAGCACCCGACUCACUGGUGAAAGCACCAACUGCACCUGUGCCAGCUCAUGGAUGGAGGAAACUAAGCAACUAA